AUGCAUAAUGAUCAUGAUUACAUUAUUACAUCACAAAACAAUCAAAUACGCCAAACAAUUGAUGAAGUUACAAAUUUAAAUUUGAAAUCUGAUUUUAACACAGUUUACAUUUUCCUUAAACAAAUUUCAAAUAAUGGAGAUAAGUUGAAAAUGAUUAUUUCAUGUGCAGCUGGAUUAAGUGAAAAGAAAGAUAGUUUUGAUAAUACUCCACUUCUUUAUGCAUGCACAACAGGAGAUUUUCAAUUAACAAAAUCUCUUAUUGAAGGAGGUUGUGACAGAGAUGCAGUUCAUAAAUAUGGAAAUAAUUGUUUGGUUGCAGCAUCAUUCAAUGGUCAUCUCGAAAUUGUAAAAUAUUUAAUUGGAAUGGGCAUUGGCAAAAAUUGGCGAAAUAAAAUAGAUGGAUUUGAUGCAAUUCUUAUCGCUUCACAAAAUGGUCAUCUUGAAGUUGUUAAAUAUCUAGUAAGUAUUGGUUGUGAUGUAAAUUCCAAACAAAAAGAUAAUGCAAAUUGCAUUUUCAUGGCUUCAAAAAAUGGUCAUCUUGAAGUAGUUAAGUAUCUUAUUUCGGUUGGAGCAAAUCCAAAUGAAAAAGAUAAUCAAGAAUUUAAUGCAAUUCUUAUUGCUUCACAAUAUGGUCAUCUUGAAGUUGUUAAAUAUCUAGUAAGUAUUGGUUGUGAUGCCAACUCCAAACAAAAAAUUAAUGCAAAUUGCAUUUAUAUGGCAGCAUCAAAUGGUCAUAUUAAUGUUGUUAAGUAUCUUGUUUCGGUUGGAGCAAAUCCAAAUGAAAAAAUUAAAUUUGGAGCAUCUCCAUUAAUUGCAGCAUCAGCAAAUGGACAUCUUGAAAUAGUUAAAUAUCUGAUUCAAAAAGGAUGUAAUAAAAAUGAUAAAACAUCCACAAAUGAUUCUUCCCUUCAUUAUGCAUCAUCUAAUGGUCAUUUUGAAGUUGUUGAAUUUUUCGUUUCAAUACAUGCUCAGCUUAGUGAGAAAAAUAAUAAAGGAAAAACUCCACUUGAUUGUGCAAAAGAAAAACAAAAUGAAAAUGAAAACUACAGAAAAAUCAUAAAUAUUUUAGUUCAAUCUAGUGCAAAAUAA